GGCAGGGGGAAAAAAAGAAGCCAAACACGCAAAAGUUUUCCUGUCGUCAGAGCAGAAGUCGACAUGGAUAAAAAGGAGAGGUUUUCGUGACCGAAGCAAACAACUUGGGUUAACUUUUUGUUUUGUUUUUCCCCUUCGCUAAAAGAAUGAUAACAUAGCCUCCGGUUUUCGGUGGUGUUUUUGUGUGAAAACGGUAACAGUGGAAAAGUUUGAGGCAGCGUCAGACGAUGGCGCGAGACGGCGAAGACGCCGGGAUGGACAACGUUUCAAGAGCCAAAGGGCAGCGAAAGAAAAGGCCGAAGGAGAACAAAACCAGGACCGUUCACGCCAACAUCCACUACGACAACGCCAAGGGAGAUGAGAACCCCAACAGACACUACGCUAGCAACAAAAUCAAGACCACCAAGUACACCGUGCUGUCAUUCCUGCCCAAGAACCUCUUCGAGCAGUUCCACCGCUUUGCUAAUGUUUACUUCGUCUUCAUCGCUCUGCUCAACUUCGUCCCGGUCGUCAACGCCUUCCAACCCGAACUUUCUCUGGCUCCCGUGGUCUUCAUCCUGUCCGUCACUGCCAUUAAGGACCUGUGGGAGGACUACAGGAGGCACCGGUCGGACACAGAGAUCAAUCACAUGGACUGCCUGGUCUACAGCAGAGAGGGCAAACGCUACGUGGAGAAGUACUGGAAAGAGUUGCGAGUCGGGGACUUUAUCCGGCUGCGAUGUAACGAGAUUCUCCCCGCCGACGUCCUGCUGCUGAGCUCCAGUGACCCGGAUCGCCUGUGCCACAUCGAGACCGCCACGCUGGAUGGAGAGACCAACCUGAAGCAGAGGCAGAUCGUCCGCAGCUUCUUCGACCUGGACUGUGACUUUGACCCAUUAAAGUACAGCAGCAUAAUUGAAUGUGAAAAGCCCAACAAUGAUCUGAACCGAUUUCGAGGCUACAUAAUCCACCGAAAUGGCAGAAGAGACGCACUUCACAAAGAGAACCUCCUUCUGCGCGGCUGCACUGUCCGCAACACGGAGGAAGCCGUGGGCAUCGUUAUCUAUGCAGGUCACGAGACCAAGGCCAUGCUCAACAACAACGGGCCGCGUUACAAGCGCAGCAAGCUGGAGAGACAGAUGAAUGUGGACGUGUUCUGGUGUGUCGUCAUCCUGCUGGUGAUGUGCCUGUUUGUUGCUGUCGGUCACGGGCUGUGGAUGUUUCAGUACGGAGAUAAGAGACCCGUGUUUGACGUUCUUAGUCCUGAAGGGACAAACUUAACACACUCGAUGUCAAUCAUUUAUCUCUUCCUCACCAUGAUCAUCAUCUUUCAGGUGCUGAUACCCAUCUCCCUCUUUGUGUCAAUUGAAAUUGUGAAGAUCUGCCAAGUGUACUUCAUCCAUCAAGACAUGGAUCUGUACGACGAGGAGACAGACUCCCAGCUGCAGUGCAGGGCGCUUAAUAUCACCGAGGAUCUGGGCCAGGUGCAAUACAUCUUCUCUGACAAGACGGGCACGCUGACGGAAAACAAGAUGGCAUUCCGGCGCUGCACAGUGGCCGGCGUGGAGUACUCGCAUGACGCCAACGCUAGAAGGAUCGCCAUGUAUCAGGAAAUCGAUUCCGAGGAGGAGGAGUUCAUGUCCCACGGAGGCACCCUGCCCAGACGGGACAGCGUCACCAGCCAUCAGAGCGGACGCAACGUGCUGCGCUCCCACAGCACCAAGUCCCACCGCAGGACGGGCAGCAGGGCCGAGGCCAAGCGGGCCAGCAUCCUCUCCAAGCACACGGCCUUCAGCAGCCCCAUGGAGAAGGAUGUCACCCCCGAUCCUCAGCUCCUGGACAGAGUCAAUGAAUGCGGCAGUCAGCUGGACUUCAUGCGCUUCCACCGCCAGUCCAUGUCCCACCUGCCCUCUGGCCUCUCUGAUGUCAUAGAUUUCUUCAUCGCUCUCACGGUCUGUAACACCGUGGUGGUGACCUCGCCUAAUCAACCCAGGCAUAAGGUCCGAACAAAGUUUGAAAUAAAGUCUCCGGUUAAGACCAUCGAAGACUUCAUCAAGCGCUUCACCCCCAGCCGCCUGACCUCAGGCUCUACCAGCAGCAGCUCUUCCAGUCUCAACCGCUCUUUCAACAGGGGCUGCUCCAGCUUGAUCUCCUCCUCUGAGAGCACGCUAACCAAGCUGAACGAGGAGCGUCUUUCCAGCACCGUGGAGCCAGGCUUCAGCCCCAUUUCACCCCGCUAUGACGGAAAGCCCCCCGACAACCCCGAGAAAGAAGAGCUGCGCUACGAGGCAGAGUCGCCCGACGAGGCCGCGUUGGUCUACGCUGCCAGGGCGUACAAGUGCUCCCUGGUUGGACGCCUCCCUGACCAGGUGACGGUGGAGCUGCCUCACCUGGGGAAGCUGACGUUUGAGCUGCUGCACACGCUGGGCUUUGACUCCACCAGGAAGCGCAUGUCGGUGGUGGUGAGGCACCCGCUCACCGAUCAAAUCACAGUCUAUACCAAAGGAGCGGACUCCGUCAUCAUGAACCUCAUCAAAACCCCUGACACAGGCAACACCAAAGGAAAACGUCAGAAAAAGAUUUUCUGCCGGACACAGAACUACCUGAACCUGUACGCCGCAGACGGCCUUCGCACACUCUGCAUUGCCAAAAAGACUUUGAGUAAAGAGGAAUACGGCCGCUGGCUGCAGCGCCACCUGGAGGCUGAGACGGCCAUCCAGAGAAGAGAGGAGUUGCUCUUUGAGUCAGCGUUGAGGCUGGAGACAAACCUCCACCUUUUAGGAGCGACUGGCGUUGAGGAUCGGCUGCAGGACGGCGUGCCAGAAACAAUAGCUACGCUGCGGCAAGCCGGCCUGCAGAUCUGGGUCUUGACGGGUGACAAACAGGAAACGGCAGUCAACAUUGCCUACGCCUGCAAACUGCUGGACCCGGACGAGGAGCUUAUGACGCUGAACGCCGACUCCCAGGAGGAGUGCGCUGUGUUGCUGGAGGAAAGUUUACGUUACAUCCAGUCCAAAUUCCUCUGCAACUCCGGAGACCCGUCCACCAAGACCUUCCCGAAUAACAUAGCGGACUUUGAGAUUUACUCUUCAUCAUCCUUUUUCUCCUCCCACACCGCUCACUUCAUUGUGCACCGGCUGGGCUUGGUAAUUGACGGGCGGACCUUGGCCUUCGCCCUGGACAAGAGCCUGGAGGAUAAGUUCUUGGCAGUCGCUCGUAGCUGCCGCUCGGUACUGUGCUGCCGGUCCACGCCGCUGCAGAAGAGCAUGGUGGUCAAACUGGUGCGGAACAAGCUGAAAGUCAUGACCCUGGCCAUAGGUGACGGAGCUAAUGAUGUCAGCAUGAUCCAGGUAGCGGACGUUGGCGUGGGGAUAUCCGGACAGGAGGGCAUGCAGGCGGUGAUGGCGAGCGACUUUGCUCUCCCUCGUUUCCGGUAUCUGCAGAAGCUCCUGCUGGUGCACGGACACUGGUGUUACUCUCGGCUGGCAAACAUGAUCCUGUACUUCUUCUACAAGAAUGCCAUGUUUGUAGCCAUCAUCUUCUGGUAUCAGUUCUACUGUGGCUUCUCUGGUUCAUCCAUGAUCGACCAGUGGUAUCUCAUCUUCUUCAACAUGAUGUUCUCCGCCUUCCCUCAACUUAUCACUGGUACUCUGGACAAAGACGUGUCGGAAGAGACUCUCCAGCGACUACCUCAGCUCUAUAUGAACGGCCAGAACUCUGAGGUCAGAAGCGACACGCCAACCUGUGAAUAUAAGCCAUACAUGUUCUGGAUGAACAUGAUCGAUGCCUUCUACCAAAGUCUGGUGUGCUUCUUCGUCCCUUACUUUGCCUACGCUGACUCAGACGUGGAUCUGUUUACGUGGGGAACUCCCAUCACUGCCUUAGCUUUAUUCACCAUCCUGAUGCAUUUAGGGAUCGAGACCAAAACCUGGACCUGGAUGAACUGGCUGUCGAUAGCCUUCAGUAUAGCGGUAUUCUUCACCGCCGCUCUGUGCUACAACGCCUCCUGUCCCGUCUGCUACUCCCCUUCCAACUCCUACUGGAUCAUGCAGAGGCUGCUCCAGGACCCGCUCUUCUACCUGCUGUGCGUCGUCACCCCCGUGUUGGCGCUACUGCCUCGAUAUUUCUACAGGGCGUGCCAAGGCACUCUAUUUCCGAGCCCGGUCCAGGCCGGGAGGCAGCUAGAUAAGCUCCCUUCCGACACUCGCAGGAACAUCCUCAGUCUGAGCAGGUUCAAGAUGGGGUCGCUGCUGGGUGCCGGACCCAACUUCCUGUCGCUCAGCAAACCCGAAGUUGGUCAGACGAGCACGCCCGGCGCCAGUCAGGACAAGCAGAGCUCUGCGACACAAACUCAUAAAGAGAAGGGUCAAACAGCCCCUUCGGAGCUUCCCCGCUCGCACACUCCAUCACACUCCAGACACAGCCCUCGGCUUCCCGACAGGCCAAAGCCUCUUUUCACCAAACAGUCGGAUGAGACCUUACUGACGCCGGCUCCGAGUUCGCCCGGCCGGGCGGCUUCCGCGCCGCUGGACGCGGAAAUGGUCAGCAUCCACCUGAACAUGCCCACCGACAGAACCUCGCAGUGCGUUACAUACACACCCAACUCAGAGGAGGGGCUCCGCUCCGGCUGCGUCGUCGAGCCGCCACACAGGACUGUCCAGGCGGCAGAACGGGCGCCACACCCUUCCUUAUGAUGUCUCACCUUACAACUCCUGGCAAAAACUUAGGGAGCCACUAGUCUGUGGGGGGGAAGAGCUCAGUCGGUCUGUUUUACUUUGUAAACGUUACAAAAACACCUAAAACUAUUUCAUUGAACAGCUGAACUCUGGUGAGAAAACUUCAAAAACCUGUAAGUUGUGUUUAACAGUGCUUUUUUUUUAAAUCCAGAUCAAACAGAGAGAAAAAAAUGAACCAAAGAAAAAACCUCACUUGGAAAAAAAUUGAUCAACCAACUUCCACUAUUAUAUAGAAUAAGCUUUAUGGACACUUAAAGCAUCUAUUGCAAUUUUUCUAGCAAAAUUUCUAUCUCCAUUAUUUAGUUUUUCACUUUUUCAACAUUAAAAUAAAAAUAAAUUUUUAUUUUCUUGUUAUAUCUCUUAUUCUUAUUUUGAGACAAACUCAGAAUUAUAACAUGGUUGCUAUAUUACCUGUCUUUAGCAUCUUUUGUUAGCAUUUGGAAUUGCAAAAAUGACUAAAAUGGCAGUCUCCAUUCUGUUUUAGAAUCUAGAUUCUUAACUUUAAUUUUUUUAAAUUCCAAGCUGUCAUAAAUACAUUUUUAUUCUUCAUUCUUAGUUUUUAAUCACUCCUGACACCAAAAUGGCUUGCGUCCUCACUCAGUCACCACUUCCACAGCAAAGAGUGGUUACACUCUGGCUACACUUAGUUUCUCCAUCUUCUUAAUCUUAAAAAAAAAAAGUGGGAUGAUUUAUAGGAUUUUUCUAAAAAAAAAAAUUUUAGGCACGUUUUAUGACAUUAAAUUAUAGCUUUGCUUCAUAUCUGUAUUUUUUUAUUAUUAUUAUUUUGCUCCAAACGACUGACUGAUCGUCCUCACAGAGCAGUACAUCCAUAUUUUUUUGGCAGGAGUUGUAUGUUACUCAUUCUCAGUUUGCACAAUAGUUUUUUGUUUGUUUUUUAUUUUUUUCAAUCAGUUUUAUUGUUUUCUUUUUAUACUAUUAUUUCUUUAAAACAUAUGCAGAAAGGUACUUUAUUUUGUUUUUCCAUGUAGAGUUCAUGUAAAUGUUGCUUUAAAGAUUUGGGAGAGGAAAGAACUGGAAAAUCUCCUUUAAAAAAAAAAACAAAAAAAACACAACUCAGCUUUAUUCCUGGAAAGUUGUGACUUCUCAAAGUCAUGCGUCUCGUCGUUGUCGAUCAGAUUCUGUUGUGCAGGGUCAGAACCGAGACGUUCCACCGUCAGCUCAGCCGGCGGGGGCAUUAAAACCUGGAACACACAUCGCAGUGGCCUUGAAUCCUCGCUGCAAUGACUUCCAAGGACGGAAGUUUUAAGAGAAAUCUCCUGCUUUUUGGUUUGUUUAACCCAGGUAGUGGCCUCACCGCUGAACCAGUUUGUCCAUUCUGAAAGCAAAAGCAUCUUUAUAGCUGCCGUGUUGCACAGUAAAUUACACUGAAUUGUGAUUUUUUUUUCCUCCUCAGCUGCACAUUCAAGAUAUAAUUUUUCUCUUGUGAGAGUUCACAACAGAUCUUUCAUUUCAGUCUGUGUACAUAGACUUUCCCGGGUGUUUUUUUUUGUGCGUGUGUGGUG